CGGCUUUCAAACUAAACGCCGGGUUUGUCGAGAGCCAAGAAAAAUAAUAAUAAUAAUAAUAAUUGAAAAAAAUUAUUUAAAAUUUAUAAAAAACAAUAAUUUUUUUUCAUUUAUAAUAAUUAAUUUUAAUUUGUUUAAAUUUUAACAAUUUUUAUCGAAAUAAAAAAAAUAUUUUAAAUAGUAACCGUUCAAAAUGUAAUAUAUAAAAAAUUUAUUAUUUUAUUUUUAUUUUUUUUUUUUUUUUCAAUUAUAUUUAAAAAUAAUUGAGAAAAAAUAAAAUUUGAUAAACCAAUUAAAUAUAUUGAUAAUUAAUUGGAUAAUGUAACAACGUGCCUUUUUUUUUUUUUUAAAUUUUAAAUGUUUAUUGUUGUUUUUUUAUUUUGAAAAUUCAGUGAUUGUGAUAAUUUUUAAUUUUUGAAUUAUUAACAAAGUGUUAAAGUGGUAUUUGUGUAUAAAUUUGUAUAAAAAAAAAAAAUGUGUAUGUGUGUUGUGUAGGUGGGUGGAUAUUUGUGUUUAAUCUUGCGAGACAACGCUAGUAAAAAAAAAAGGAAAUUUUUAUUCAAAAUGAUGAAUAGUAUUUUUUAAAAUAAAUUUGAAUAAUAUAUUGUCUGUACAUAUGAUGCUAAUAAAACGACAAAUAAUAUUUUGAAUGAGUUAUGAUAUAAGGGAAGUAAAUAUCAUUGGUGCAGACAAAGACGUGAGGGUGGUACUGAAAAUUGACUACUUAAAAUUAAUAAAAAAACAUAAAAGCCACAAUAUUCACAUGUUUAUUGUCAUUUUAUAUUGAUUAAGUGACACAUGAAAUGAAAAAUUAAAAAUAAUAAUUUCAUGAAAUAGUUGUCAUUGGCCUUAAUGUGGUGAUUAACGUAAACGUCAAUUGAUGACGCAAAUGGAUAACAAAAAUAACUAUAAAAAUAAGAAGUAAAUAAAAAAGAAUUAACAAGAUUAUAAAACUCUUUUUAUUUUUAUUUUGUUUAUUAAUAAUAAAAAUAAGAAAAAAUUUUAAAAAACAACAAAAUCUUCUCUAUACUUGUUUAAUUAUACAUUUAAAUUAUUUAUCAAUGAUUUAAUCAUUUUAUAUCAAAAUAAAUAAAUAUUAAGAUUAAUAAAUGAAUAAUUGACAAAAAAAAUUUAAAAAAAAAAAAAAAAUAGAAGUCAAACUAGUCUUGGAAAAAAAAUUCGAAUAUUGGUCCAAGAACUGGCAAAGACAUCUCGUAAAUUUAUAAAUCUUAUUUAUUUUUCAAAUUUUUAUAUUAAAUUUUUGAUAAAUGUAAAAAUUAAUUUUUUUUUUUUCUUCUCAACUUUCAAAUUUAUGAAAAAAACAAAAUUUCAUAUAAUUAUUACCAAAAGAGAGUGAGAUAGAGACAUAGAGAUAGAUAGAAUUUGAAAAAUAACAAAAAAAAUAGUAAUAAAAAUAAAAAGGCCGGAAGAUUUUUAACGAAGGUAUACAUACUGUAAUAAAAGGGAUUAAAAAAAAAAAAUCUGGAUAAGGAGGCGUGUGAGGUGAGAGCAAGAAGAAGAAGAAUAAUAAUAAGAAGAAGAAGCCGAAGAGGAGGUAAAAGACGAGAGCGAUAAGGGCGAGACCGAGUAGAGGCAAAAAACCUGGGGGCGCAGCUGAAAGAUAAAAAAAAAUCAUAAUAAUAAUAAGAAAGGAAAAAAGUCAUAUAUAACUGAGUGAGAAGGUAACAGGACCUGGGUUUGAUAGUGUGUGGCCGCGCCUCGUCGAACCAAGAAAAUCGAUCUUUGUACAUUGAUAUCUAUACUCUCAACCGAUACAUUUUCCACGUUUCAAUACUUCCUUCACAAUUCUUACAAUUCCCAUUGAUUCUCAUUUUUAUAUAAAAAAUAUAUAUAAAUAUUAUAAAAGGAAAACAAAAAAAGAAAAAGCCAAUUUCUUUGGCUCUGUUCCUUCAAUUCUCGUCAACAUUUUAUCUUUCUUCAAUUUAUUCUGUCUUUUUCCCUUGAUGCCCUUUGUUACAAGCCGUUCAUUCUUUUAGUCGAAAUAUAAAAAAAAAGAAACAAACUUGUUCCCUCUGUGGCGGUUUGUUCCGGCACAACGACGACGACGACUACGACGAGGAGGACGAAAUUACGAGGUGAAAUCGAUACGAAAAAGUCUGGGAUUUGGAAUAAAACCGAGAUUGUUGAAGAAUCAGCAACAUUACCAGUAACCAUAUAACCACAUUCACUGUGGAAUCAUCAACGAAUAAAACCACAUCCUGGAAACUCGUUGUUACUAUUGCUGUUACUGAUAUAUUGUAAAAAAAAAAACGAAAUAAUAAUAAAACAAGGGGAAUGAAAUAAAAGAACUACCAAGGACCAAACGAAUGAGAAAAAAUAUAUAUUAUAUAUAAAAAAGGGAACUAAAUCGUUCUGUUGUAUUACAGCAGUGCAUUCAUGAGGCAAGAGAGAACUUAAAAGCAUGAGAACGUGACGCAAACCAGCAGCCGCCGGCCAUUAGUCGUCGUCAGAAGGGCGUCGCCGUUAUAUUCGUGCUGACUAAACUCGAAAUAUUUAAAAUAAUUAAAUAACAACAAUAGAUACUUUUUUUUUUUAGUUGCCAAAAGUAUCAGCAACUAUCCCUGCCAUAAAAUAGGGUAGAAAAGAAAUAAAAUACAAAAAGAAAUAUACAAAAAUUUCCAAGAGAAAUACAAAAAAAAAAAACGAAGAGAAUUAAUUUGCAAGGUGUUUCUUAUUUUUUCAAAUAUUAUUAUUGUAAAGAAACAUAAAAAUAUGGCAACUGCAUGUUAUCAAAAAGAAGUUAUGAUUGAGGGUGCUAGUCAUGGAAUAAGUGGUUUAAAUCCACUUCCUCAUCAUCAUUAUCAUCUUCAUUCACAUCAUCAUCAUCAUCAACAUCAACAACAACAACAACAGCGUGGAUUAUUAAAUUCAACAAAUACAUCUAUACUCACAAAGCCAUCAACAACACCAGCACCUACAUUAAAUCGUUCAUCCACAUCAACUGGAACUGGAACAACAGGAACAUCAUCAGCAUCAGCAGCGGCAGCAGCAGCUAUUGCAGCAGCUGGUGUUACAGUCAUUGGUCAAACAAUAAUUUCACCAUCAAAUAAUACCGAUAUUGUUAUACCUGGUACAAGUCCAUAUAAAAAUGAUAUAACAUCAACAACAAAUAAUUUUAAAGAUUAUGCACAACCACUUCAUGUUGAUUGUAGCGUAGAAUAUGAAUUACCAAGUCAAGCAAAACCACCACCUGGUGGUGGUGAACCAUUGCUUAUGAUACAUCCAUCAUAUUAUCGUCGUGCUGAACGUGAAAGACGUAGUCAAUUUGUUAAUAAUUUACCACCAAUUGUAACAUCAUCAAAUAAUAGAAAAACAAGUAGACGUGAUACAACAUCACAAUUAUUAAAAAAUAAAAAUACAAAUAAUAAUAAAAAUAAUAAUAAUAAUAGUAGUAAUAAUAAUCAUAUAAUAAGUGGUGGUGAUGUAUCAUCAGCACCAACAAUUGUUGCAACUGGUACAGCUGCAAUUGCAACAAGCAAUAAUCAUUCAAUAAUUAAUAAUAAUAGUAAUAUUAAUAAUAUUAAUAAUAGUCAUAAUAAUAGAAUAUUACUUGGUGAUUCAUUGGCAGCAUCAUCACCAUCAUCAGCAUCAAUAAAUACAUUAUUACAAAAUCAUAGAAGAACAAUUAAUAGACGACAUGUUGAUAAUGAUGAUAAUAAUAUUGCUUUAACAAGUGCUGUUAUUAUUGAUAAUGAUAAUGAUAAUGAUAAAACAAGACUGAAUCAUCAACAACAACAACAGCAACAACAACAACAACAACACCAUCAGCAUCAUGCAAGACCAGGUGUAUUAUUUUCAUUUAGAGAAAAUGCUGUUAUAUCAGGUAUAUAUCAGCAUUACUUUCAUACAAUGAGAUCACAUCAUCAACCACAUCCACAUCCACAUCAUCAUCCUACUUCUCUUCCUCCUCACAAUCCAAAUGAUAUUCAACAACAGCAACCACAACCACAGCAACAACAACAACAGCAACAACAACAACAAUCACAUCAUCAUUUGUAUGAUGAUUCACAUGUUAAUGUUAAUUCUGGUGGUUCAUUGACAGCAUCAAGUCCAGCUGGUGCAUUUUUAAGAAAUUUUCAAAUACCAAAUGAGCCAGUAUCAAGUACAACAAGACGUAGAAAUACAACAAAUCAUCAUCCAUAUCGUAGAUCAUUAAAUUGUAAUAUAUCAUCACGUACACCAAUUGUACCAUCAUCACCAUCUGAUGUUGCAGCAUCAAUAUCAUCAUCAUCAUCAGUUGUAGCAUCUUCAACAUCAUCCUCAUCAUCAUCUUCAUCUCCACCAUCAUCAUCAUCAUCUAGUAUGUAUGCAACAGCUGUUAAUCGUCAUCGUGCAGCAUCAUUACAAGCAUUGAGAGUUGCUGCUGCUGCAGUUGCUGCAGCAGCAAGAGCAGCAGCAAAUGGCUCAAAUACAAAUAGUAAUCCAAAUAAUAAUACUGGUAAUAGUUUUUAUGAAGCAUCAGCAUAUCGUGCAUUAUUACCAAGAAGCUAGGAUUCGGCAAUUAAUUUUAAUUAUUUAUAUAAAAAAUAUUAUAAUAAUAUGACGUUUAAACUCAGGAUUAUUAUUAUCAUCAUAAUCAUUUAUGAUAUUAUUUAAAUUAACAAUCAACUACCAGGCUUUAAAUAUAAUAUUUUAUAAUUAUUAAUCAAAUUUUAUUUAUUGUUAUUAUUUUUUAUUUAUUUUUUUUUUUCUUUUAUUAAAUUAUUUUUUCUAUAUACUAUUUUUGUCUAUACUUUUAAUAUCAUCAUCAUCAUCAUCAUCCAUUAUUAUUAGAACAAAAAAAUUCGAAAAAAUGAUGAUGAACAACAUCAACCAAAUACGGAACGCAGUGUCAGCAUCAUUUUAUCCGCAACGAACAAUAAAACCACGAGAAAAGAUAAUAUCGUAUAGCACGAAUUUUUUUUUUUCUUUUUAUCUUGAAAUUUUUUUUUUUUUUUCCAUUCGUUUCUCUUCUUCAUCAUCAUCAUCGUUGGUUUUUUUUUUUUCUCUUUUUCAGUAUUAUUUAUCCCCUUCGUCAUUGGUAUUAUAACAAAACGUCGGUCCCUUUUUGCCCAACUCUCAACUCUCAAAUUGCAAGUUGUAUGUGAGAUUGUGAGUAUAUAUAUAUACCGGCUUUGAAUCUCGCAACCACGUCAAAAUGUGAAACGCACGUGGAGCGUGGAGUCUGUUAUAAAAAUACACAUAUACAUGUGAGAGGUCGAGCAACACACAUACUAUAUAAAAUAUACACUCUGGCUUUUGAAUUUGUGUGUUACCCAUGGGAGGGCUUUUUACUCGUUGUUCUAACGGCUGCCAGUUUCUCUUUGCUCUCUUUCCUUUUUUCACUCUUUAAUUUAACCCACACACACACACACAUACAUAUAUUUAAAAGCUCAAAUAUCUACCUGCAUUAUGCAUUAUUUUUUUUUUUUUUAUAUUUUACCUACAAAUAUUUUCACCCAAUAAUUCAACCUUCCAUAAUUUAUAAUCAAAAAUUCAAAAAAUAAAAAAACCAUAAAAAAUUUCAUCUUAAAAAAAAAAAAUAUUUAUUAUCGAAUUUUUUAUAGAUCAUCAUUUAAAAUCACAGACUAAUGAGCAAUUUCUUAAUGAACUACAUUUGUCUUUUUUUAUAAUGCUCUAUAUAGAAAAUAUUUUUGUAAAUGUAAAGUUGACCCAACCCUCCUCCCUUGUUUCGUUAUAUAUAUGAUUUUUUUUUUAUAUUUCGUUGAUGUUGGUUUCGCGUCGGGUGGCAUGGUACUUGUAUGCUCUCAUGUACACCGUGGGCAUAUCCGUCGUGGCCAUUACCAUCAACCUCUUUUAUUUUCUCUCUCUUUCAUCAUGAACUUUCUCUCUCUCUCUUUGGUCAUACAACAGACAGUACAUAGCAGAAACGACAUACAUUUGCCAGUUCACUCAAUUCGUAAAAUUACAUAAACCUAUCUCUGUCUCUUCCUCUCUUGCUCUCUCUAUUCGUGUGUGGUUAGGUACAUAUAUAGUGUUAUUAAGGACAGAGAGGAAUACACUCUAGUCCCUCUUUCAUACAUAUAUAUCCAGCCUCUCAUCUCGUCUGGUCGGUCUCUGUGACCAAAACCUCCUCACUAAAGGGAAUUUCUCUCUGGAUGAAUAUAUAUCUAUCUCACUUAUUAACUGCAAUGCUAUUCUGCUACAGACGUAUGUUACAAUCCAUGCUAUUCACAAAUGGCAUAUAUAUAAUACAACUGAUUUUGAAACCCAAGGGUCUAUUCUCUCUCCAACAGAAUAUUGGGCUUUGCUUAUACCCCCUGAUACCCCCGCUGUUACCCUUUAGACAUGCGCCAGACUUUAGUCGAGCCAAUUUUUUCCGUUCAAUAUUGUCCUAUACACUAUUUUAUUAUAGUUUUUUUUUUUUUUUUUCUUUUAUAUUAAUUUUUCUCCUUUUUUUUAUCUUUAAAUCUAUCCAACUAUCGGUUCCCCCCUGGCCCCCUUCACCCAGUCACACGGUGUUUUCUUUUUCGAAUCGGGUUUUUUUUUUUUUUUCAAAUAUAUUAAUCAUCAUUUGCCAUGUACGGAGUUUUAUAUAUAUAUAAACGUUCACUUUACACUAAUAUUUUUUUUUUUUUUUUUUUACUCACGUCAUACAUUAACACAUGCAUGUACAUGAAUAUUGCGUUAACACGACGAAAAAAUAAAAUAAAUGAUAACCAUGAGAAAAGGAAAGAAAAAGAAAAAAAGUUAUUGUGAAAAUCAAUUAUCUCGUAAAGCAUGUUAUAUCCUUGAAGAACAUAAAGACAUUUACACAUAAAAGAGACACGAAAAAAAUAAUAAAUAAUAGAAAUUUUAAAACUUCAUUUACUAUAUAUUGUAUUCGUAGUAAAUGUACUUUGAACUUGAUUGUUUUUUUUUUCCUUUUAUUUUCACUUUUCUUUGAUUCUUUAUUUUCAAAUGCCGAGGUUUCAAAAAUUCAAUGAUUAUUAACACAAUACAUUGAUCAAAUAUCUAAUCCGAAUAAAUGUAAAUUUUUAUGAUUUUAUUAUUCUAUUAUUAUAAAUAAUAUUUAAUUUAUUAUUAUUAUUAUAAUGAUGAUUAAUUUUAUUGUAAAUUUAAAAUUAUAAAACUCCCUUUUUGGCUAUGCUAUUAUUCUAUAUCAAACAGCCCCUAUGUAUGUAUAUAUAAAUUUCGAUUUUGUUGGUGUCUCUCUCUCUUGUGCUGGCCUACACAGUUAAUGCACCACGACGUCGGCGGCCAACAACAGUCAGGGAUUUUAGGGUGAUAUUCCCCGGGACAUAGGGUUUAGAUAAGCCGAUCGAUUCACAGUGUUGUUAUUAACAAAGUAAAAAAAAAAAAACCAGUUGGAUGCCAAAAACUGUUAAUAAUA